CGAGUUAAUUUUAAACCCGGACAAGAUGGCGGCCAGGGACGCGGCGCGGCGCGCGGGUCCGGCCCGCCACCGGCCCGACCCGCCAGGGAAGCAGCACCAGGAGGAAGAGGAGGACGCCCUGCCCGACUCGGACGAGGAGGUGGAGCUGGAUAAGCCGCGCCCCAUCCAGAUCGUCCUUGCCCACGAAGAUGAUCACAACUUUGAGCUGGAUGAGGAAGCCUUGGAAAAAAUCCUGCUCCAGGAGCACAUCAAAGAUCUGAACAUCGUGGUGGUGUCUGUAGCAGGAGCCUUCCGCAAGGGGAAGUCCUUCCUGCUGGACUUCAUGCUCAGAUACAUGUACAACAGGACUUCUCCUUGCUGGAUAGGUGGAAACACUGAGCCCUUGACUGGCUUCACGUGGAGAGGUGGCUGUGAGCGGGAGACCACUGGCAUUCAGAUCUGGAGUGAGGUGUUUGUCAUUGAUAAGCCCAAUGGAACAAAGGUUGCUGUUCUACUCAUGGAUACCCAAGGUGCCUUUGAUAGCCAAUCCACUAUCAAAGACUGUGCAACGGUUUUUGCUCUAAGCACCAUGACCAGCUCUGUCCAGGUGUACAACUUGUCACAGAAUAUUCAGGAAGAUGACCUUCAGCAUUUGCAGCUGUUUACAGAGUAUGGAAGACUUGCUAUGGAAGAAAUAUACCAGAAGCCAUUUCAGACACUAAUGUUCUUAAUUAGAGACUGGAGUUACCCUUAUGAACAUGCCUAUGGCUUGGAAGGAGGAAGGAAGUUCCUAGAGAAAAGAUUGCAGGUAAAGCAAAACCAACACGAAGAGCUACAGAAUGUAAGGAAGCAUAUUCACUCCUGUUUCAGUACCCUUGGCUGUUUCCUGUUGCCCCACCCUGGUCUUAAAGUUGCAACAAACCCAAAUUUUGAUGGGAGGUUGAAUGACAUAGACGAGGAUUUUAAGCGAGAGCUACGGAAUUUGGUGCCACUGCUGCUUGCCCCUGAAAACCUGGUAGAAAAAGAGAUCAGUGGCUCCAAGGUGACCUGUAGAGAUCUUGUAGAAUACUUCAAGGCUUAUAUAAAAAUCUAUCAAGGAGAGGAGCUACCUCACCCAAAAUCUAUGCUGCAGGCAACAGCUGAGGCCAACAAUCUUGCUGCUGUGGCAGGAGCUAAGGACUUGUACAGCAAAGGCAUGGAGCAGGUCUGCGGCGGGGACAAACCUUACCUGGCGCCCUCGGACCUGGAGCGGAGGCACCAGGAGUGCCGGGAGUCCGCCGUGCGGCAGUUCCGUGCGGUGAAGAAGAUGGGGGGCGAGGAGUUCUGCCGGCGCUACCAGGAGCAGCUGGAGGUGGAAAUCGACGAGAUCUAUGCAAACUUCGUGAAGCACAACGACGGGAAGAACAUCUUCUACGCCGCCCGCACCCCGGCCACCCUCUUCGCCCUCAUGUUCGCCAUGUACAUAACCUCAGGACUGAGCGGCUUCCUGGGCAUGAACUCCAUAGCCGCCCUGUGCAACCUGGUGCUGGGCAUGGCUCUCCUUGCCUUUUGUACGUGGGCCUACGUUAAGUACUCUGGGGAAUUCAGAGAGAUCGGGACAGCCAUCGACCAGAUUGCCGAAGCGAUAUGGGAACAGAGGAAUCCCAGGAAGGUGUUCUCCAAACUCUUGGAGGUCCUUAGACGCCGAUCGCUGCGCCGUGCCCUCAGCCCUGCGCCCCGGCCGCGCCUCUCCUCCAACAAUAACAAGAAGAAAAAUUAG